GCCUCGGUGGGAGGCGAGUGGGCCUGCACACAGGAGGCCGUGCUGAGUGCUGGACGAGGGCCACAGCAGGAACGCGAGUGCCCGGGGAGCCCCUUCUCACCGAGCAAUCAGAGACCAAUCCCCUGCAGGACUGCCUUAGGCAGGGCACGGUGCCGCUGCUGCUGCUGGGGCAGCACACAGGCCUUGCAGCCUGCCAGCUGCCUGCGCCCCUCCCUCCUCCCUGCAGAUAGACCUCGGGCACCCCUGUCCCCACUUCCCCUAUCAGCACCUCCCUCCCAUCCCCACUCAACCCCUCCUCAACUGCUUAGGCCAUGCUUGCUACUACGUUUCUUCUCUUGCUUGUGCAAGGCCUCAUCCAGUACCCGCAGCAGGCCGGGGACAGGCUGGAUGAGGCCGCAAGGGAACGCAUGCAGCAGCGCGCCGAGUAUCUGGACCAGCAGAUGACUCAGCUGGUUCAGGAGCUGGAGCAGAAGAACCUGGAGCACAGUGCUGUGGCCUGGGGAGCCCUGCUUGUCUGGCACUUCUGGGCUGUCACUGGAAUCCUCGUCCUUCUCUUGGCGAUGUGGUUUGGACUCCACAAAAUCAGAUGUGAUCCAGGCAACAGUGGCCACAAGGAGAGGUCCAGCAGCAACUUGGCGGAGGAGGACAAAGAUGAAGGACUCAAUGUGCUUGCAAAGAAAGAAAUAGAAAGCGAUGAUGCAAUUGUGGAAAAGGACAUUAAGGACAGAAAUGAAGAAGGCAGCAAUGUGGAUGCAAAGGCAGAAAGCAAUGCUGGAAAUGAAGCAAAAGAAGGCUCUGGUGAUACAAACGAAGAAGUAAACAAUGAUGAGAAGGUGGAGGAAGUCAAUGCUGCUGGCAGAAGACAAACACAAGGCAAACGAAGACGAUGGCCACAAUGUCCAAAGCAACCAUGGAAGCCUUUUAGAGGAGCACAUACAGUUGCCUGUUCUGGACCUGGACAAAGGUUGCUCCGUCAUAAUGGACCUGAUGGACAAACUCACACACGUCUUUGGACAAGGCUUUUCCAACGGCUUCUACCUGGUGCCACAACGAGCCAUCGGAGUGGGCAGCACCUUUGAAGGCUGGAGUCCCAGCGCACAGGACCUUGUGUACUGUGUGCUGGUACCACUGAGUCCCCCUCCAGGACAUGCCUUCCACCUGGAGCUGGACGCUGCAGGGGUGCUCCAGAGGAACUGCUGUGUCCGUGUGGCGCUGCUGUGCACCUGCAUGAGGGAACAGCUGGGGGAGGACAUGCUAUGUUUCCUCCACCACUCUGAGGAGCUGAGAAGGAAACAGGACCCCAGCCUCCUGCACACCCUCUGCACUGGCACCUAUCUAGAUGUGGAGAAAACUGUCCACUGGUUCUAUGAAUUCGUGAGAGUAGCCUGGCUGCUUUUGCCUCAAUUGCGCCAUUGGCAUUUAAUGUUGCAGCCCUCCGGCCGCUCCUGCAAAUUUCAGCUGAGUAAAGAGCAGGAAAGCUUCAUGGUUGAGGUCAUUUUUGGAGUGUGGCAAGGAGACUUGGAUAUCUUUGUGGGCAGCCAGCUUACAGAAGUAGGCAUCCCAAGCACAACGUGGCUGGAGACUUAUGCCAUGGCAGAGGCAAAAUUCUUCAGGCACGUUCCCACGCAGGCCCCUCAUGACAGCUGGCACUGCAAGUGCCUGCAGCUCCUCAGCCGCAUCCUGGUGGGUGUAGGUUUCUCCAGCUAUGCCCUGAAGACGGUGGUGAUGCACCUCCUGAGCAAUGUACCCCGACACAGUGGUGCAGGAAGGAUUUCUGACGGAGAACGAUGGACACCCUCAAGUACCUCCGCUGCUCACUGGACACAAAACAGCUUAACCACUUUGUCAUAAGCAAAGAGAGGUUUCCUAUGGAGAUCAGUUUGCCCUCCAACUUCCACAUGGCUGAAGCACCCAACCUCUUCCAGCACCUAGCCAGCAAUCCCGGUGCCCACAUGAAGGCCAUGCAGGAGUACGUUCAUCUGCUAGAUCAGCUCAAACAAAUGCUGUCCUAAGCUGUUGAAAGACAUCUUCGU